CCACAAAAACGCAUUUAGCAAAUAUCUCUCAAUACUUGCUCUUCGACUGAACGUUUGAAAACGAGCGCAAAUUUAAAUAUUCCCUUCUUCAAACGAAAUAUAAAUAACUCACAAUGAUGCUCCAUGAAAAAAUAAUUCCCGGACAAUUCUUGUUGGAUAUGAAAAAUGAUUGUACCAACAACUUGCUGCACAGCGGUGUUCAAUCAGCAUCGAAAAUGGAUGUCUACAAUUCAUACAACUAUCAUCAUCACUAUCAGCAAGAACGAUUUUCUUCGGAAGCUCAAGUCUUGGACCUGUCCCGUCGUUGUGAUUCUGUGGAGACCCGAAAAACACCUUCACCGUACAAUUCAACUUCAAGUUUUGGAACAGCAUCGCCUACAACACAUUGUGGUUCUCCACAAACUUCAACGGCACCACCAACAACGGAUCUUGGAAAUACCAAACUUGUGUUUUCUCAUUCAAGUCCACCUCCACUACCGCAAGGAAUUGCUUCCCUGUACCCUUUGUACUAUCCACAUAUUAAGCAAGAAAUUUCUUCACCACCUCCAUCAGUUCCAAUGGUUACUGCAAGCCCCUUACCAGUUUUUCCACAACACUCAACAGCCAAUAUCCAAAAGACCAGCAUCUUAAGUCCCGCAUUACAAACGAGCCCCCAGCUAGAAAGCAAAAGUGUUCCAUCGCUGCCAACAGAUACUGGGAUUUUGUUCCCAAGUAUCCUCAAUGCUGCUACCACCGGAGCUGUAAGUGUGAGCAAAUCAACGCGACCAUUUAAUGCAUACCCACGAGAUCCACUCCUGGUAGCAGCGCAUUUCGCCGCCUCCGAUGUUCUUUUCGACAAAACUACAAUGGAACGUUACAGUACGUACCGCAAACGAGCCCUAGAUGAUCUCCGCGAUACAAACGGUGGACACAGGAUUGUAACCAACCCAAAAAUGAGACGAACUAAUCAUCGUAAUAAUGGUCAGAACAGUGAAUGUGAACGCGAAGAAAAGGCUAUGGAGUCAAGUGACAAUGAUUCUUACAAUGGCAACGGAUCUAGUGCAGAAUGCAAUUCGAGCAAAAACGACAACAACAACAACGAUGGCUCUAACUGUGGAGGUGUGAAAGAUGAAGCUUACUUCGAGCGGAGACGUAAAAACAAUGCAGCAGCUAAGAAAUCACGAGAUCGCCGCCGCAUUAAAGAAGACGAGAUUGCAAUUCGAGCAGCUUACCUUGAACGACAAAACAUUGAACUCCUUUGCCAAAUUGAUGCUUUGAAGAAGCAAUUGGAGGCUUUUACAAAAGUGUAGAAAGAAGCAGAAAGAAUCAUGGAGAAUUUAGAAAACAAGUCUUUGAAAGCGUUGAACGCCUAAUUUUUUAAUUAAUUAUAUCUUAUGUAAAAAAAAGUCUGCUAGAAAUUGUAAAGUGUAUAUUUUUGUUUAAAUAGGAAAUAAGUUUUUAUUUA